AUGCCGCCUUUUCUCCUCCUCUAUUCGACAGCCGAGAUCUUGUUGGCUGUCCACAUCACACUCGCGAAUUUCGUCGUCCUCUGGGUGUACGUCCGGAACCGAUCCGUCCGCACCGUCACGAACAGCUACAUUGUCUCGUUGGCGUUCACCGACUUCUUGUCGGGGCUUAUUGGAAUCCCCGUGACGGUAUGGUCGGUGCACACGCGAAGCCCGAACACGUACAUCCCAUGCCUGCUCGUGCACCUGUUGCUCUGCGUCCUGUGCACAAUCUCCACCCUCCAUAUGCUUGCCAUCGCCAUCGACAAGCACGCCACGAUCUGCCGCCGCGAUCGGCUGUUCAACACCAGGAAAGCGAGAGCCUGCAUUCUCAUCACUUCCGCCUGGUUCCUAGGCACCGCUGUGGCAAUCAUACCCAUCUUCGAAGUAUUUGGCUUAUCUAGGGAACCGGAGUUCGAGGGCGAGUGCCAUUUCACGGUCGUUAUGGACUACCGAUACCUAGUGUACAUCAUAUUCUUCGGCACGAUCCUGGUCCCGUCGGCCAUAAUUGCUUUCUGCUACAUCCGUAUCUACAGCACGAUACGCGAGGAGGAGAAGCAGGUGACGUUCAUGCUCAAUCGCCUGGAGAAAGAGCGUCGGAUGGCGAACCGGCGGAAGUUGAUACGGACCUUGUUGAUCUUGGUGUUCACCUACGGGGUUUGUUGGUACCCCCUAUACCUGAUCAACACCUGGGACUUCCUCUUCCCGACAAUGGCCUCGGGCCCUCUGCCCACGCUCUCGACGGUGGUCCUCUCCCACGUGAGCUGCGCCCUAAACCCGUUGAUCUACGCCUACGGAAUGCCCGGGUUCAAGAAGGCCCUGCGUGCCUUCUUCAACCCGCGCAAUGGCAAGGUGCCGUACCCGUUGAGCACGCAGAGGAGCCUCACCGGCGUAAAGGAGGUGCCACCGUAUUCGCGAGUUGGUGAUCUGGAUGCGAUGCGCAAACGAAGUGCCCCAGCACCCACAAAGCGACUCCAUCAACCCCACCCAAUUGGCCGUAGACGAACCUUGGAAGUCUACACA